AUGAGUGAAGUAAUAGUGGUCUUUACAAAUAUGAAAGACAAGGAGUUUAGUACUCCCCCAAUGCAAAUAUCUGAUGACUUCACAGAUGCUCAAAUGGAGCAGUUUCUGAAUACGUACCUGCAGCAGAACAAAUCUUAUGCAUUCUUCUACAAUGGAGAACAGAUAGAAGAAAUGCCAAAAUGUGAGAAAGAAGAGACAAUAACAAUUGAGUUCAUUGCAGUGACAAAGAUCCUAUCUGAGACUGCAAAGAUAGAUGUUGAUAGCUCAAUAACCUCAAUCUCCAUAAGAAGGCAUCCUGACCUGCACAUGGACACAGUCAUUCUAUGUACUACCACAGGGGAAACAAAGGAGUAUUCACUUGGGCCUGGGACAGAACUCAUAAAGGAGUUUAACUCAUUUAAGCCAAUUAGGGCAGUAACCUCAACAGAAGAAGGGGUUUAUGUUCUGACCACGACAAAUAAAGUCGUUGACAUUGGGAAGGGUGAGAUUGUUUUUGAAGCAGACCAGCCCAUUAGAACAAUUGGAAACUGCAGGAAUUAUUUGGCAAUUGGGCUGGCCUCAAAUGAAAUUGUCAUUCUAGCAGACAACAAGGAGACAGCCCGGUUCAAAACAAGUGGGGAAAUUGGAAGAACUAUUUUUAGAGUAAUAGAGGAUGAAGUUGUUUUGGUGCUGGCUAUUGUGGAAGGGGCCAUUGAGGUCUACAAAGGGGAAGACUGGGCUAAAACAACAUUUAAUUUACCGACCCCAAUCACUGCAGCAGGAUAUGAAGAUGGAAAGGUCUAUGCAGGUGGGCUAGGGGGUGCAAUAUACAUAUGCAGUCUGUCAUCUAUGGAGAAGCAGUACCAAUCAGACGUUACAUUUAUUUCUAGAAUUGAAUGCGGGACAGUCUUCUUUGGAUAUUCCUGCAAGAAUAGCAUUAUGCUUAGAGACAAAGAAACGUACAUGGGAACACAUAAGAUAGAUCUUAGAACACCUGUGGCUGAUAUGAAGAUAUCAGGAAAGAGACUUUUUGUGGCAGAAGGAAACAGUCUAAAGAUAUUUAACAUAUUUGACGAAUAA